CUCCUCAUUAUAUAAAAACCUUGCCUUACGUGUUACAAUAAACUUUUUUGUAAACUUUCCUUGUUACUCGUUAUACAACUCCUCAUUAUAGAGAUGACCGAAAAAAUUUCCAAUUUUUCUUUAAAUGAAACUUUGACAAAUGUUGAAUUGUUACACGACAAACAACAUCAAAAUUUUCUAAUUAUCGAUUCUUCAUCUGAAGAUGAUAUUGAAAAUCCAACUUUAAACUUGACUUUAGGACAAACUUUUCAAACUUGUGAUGAAGCUGAGAAAUUUUUAAAUGAUUACGCGUUGGAAAAAGGUUUCAGUAUUUGGCGGAAAAGAACUGAAAAUGAUGAUAAUAAAAUCCUACGAAAAAUUAGUUGGGAAUGUUGUUGUGCAGUUAUUGACAAUUGUAAUCGUACACGACUUGUUGCAACUGCAUUACUUGAAGAUGAAACAGAAGAAAGUUUCAUUUGGGCAUUAAGUAUGAUUAAAAAAGAAAAAUCUUCGGAAUAAGUUGAAAUCAGAUGAAUUUAAAGCAUUUCGAGAAGAAUUUUUUCAUUGUAGGAAUACAUUGAUUUCAACACUUUUUGAAAAUCGUUGGGAGCAUUUGAAAUUAAAAUAUCCAUCAGCUGUAAAAGAGAUCC